CAAUUAUUACAGUCGACAUUAGUAUUUAAUAUCAUUGCGAAUUAUUUAAAAAAAUUCACAGAAAAUAUACGUGCGGCUUUCUGCGUAGAUACAAGUAUAUUCUAUCGUAUUCUCAUUGAAACUCGUUAUCACCAUUACCCUGAGUGUGAUAGACAAAUAUUAUCUCACUAAAUGUCCGAUUGAGGUUGAUGUCGAUUUACCUUUAUCCGUAAUCGUUAAUGACAAAUAAUAUAACAACUACGCAGUAAACGCGACUUAGUCUUAAUCUGGCAAUGUAGUCUUAAUCUCGCGAUACAGUUAAACAUUACUGAGCAUUACAUUGUAAUUAAAUUUCUAGUGAAGUUUGAUUGUGAUUACAAUAAGUGAUGAAAAAUAUUAUGUCAUGAUAAUAUUCAGUAAAAAUAGAACUCGUACUUUAAACUCGUGUGUGCACAUGUGACUACUGCAUGUAUUUGUGUGCGUGUCCGUUUUAUAUAUAACGUUUAUCUCAUUAUCUUAUAUACAACAUAUAAUGUAAUGCAAGGUGAAAGAUAGUCCAAUACAUAUAACCGUGCACUUCUAUUUAUACAGAAACCAAUUUUUAAAAUUUGACCGAAUGUAUCCAUGUUAAGAAAUAAUCAUGAUUUCUUAUCGCUUCGUGUUCUCUGUGAUUUUAUUGAUUAUUCUCGUCGCUCUAAAUCUGGUACUCGCGUAUGCUAGCAUAGAUAAAAAUAAAAAUUCGAAUGAAAUUUCCGCACGAUACCGACUACCCAAGAAAAUCAUUCCCUGUCUUAUGAUUUAUCGAUUUACACUCAUCCCAGUAACGCAGAUUACAAUGGUCACGUACGGAUUAUGUUGCAAGUACUUGAAAAAAUAGAUUUCGUCGUCCUGCAUACAGAUGCAUUAACCGUACAAUCAAAUGCAUCUUUAUCGGAUAAGUCGGGUCAAUUGAUUCCGAUUUUAUAUUAUGUGUAUGAUCAAGAAACACUUAUGCUUACGAUUAAACUCGAGCGCACACUGAAACCUGAAAAAUACACGAUAGAACUGUCCUUUAAAGGAUACAUUGCAAACGAUGUUUUCGGCUUUUACGCAAGUCUGUAUGAAGUUGAAGGAAAAAUUAGACGAAUCGGCGUAACUCAGUUUUCGCCUACGUAUGCACGUCGUGCAUUUCCAUGUAUGGACGAGCCAUAUUUAAAGGCGGAAUUCAAAGUACGAAUUGGUCAUCAUAAAGAUCAAAAUGCGACGAGUAAUACUCCAGUGGAAUCUAUACGAAUGAUAAAUGAUACUUACUACAUGACCACAUUUCGCCGAACGCCGCGAAUUCCCACGUACUUGGUAGGAUGGACAGUGCACAAUUUUAUCCCGGAGCGAUCAAAAAUUUCGGAGGACUUCAAGAUGUGGACGAGAGAUUCCAUGAAGUUUCGCGGAUCGAUGGCCUUGAAUCGCGGUCAGGCAGUCUUCUCGGCAUUGCAGACGUGGUUGUCGGUGAAGAGCCCGCUGGAGAAGGUCGAUCAAUUUGCAAUACCGGAUUUCAAUUUUAACGCGAUGGAGAAUUGGGGCCUCGUCACUUAUCGGGAAUCCGUAGUAUUGCAUGAGAACGAAAUCACGCCGACGAGAAUAGUAUUGAAUGGAUUGACAACGAUGGCUCACGAGUACACUCACACCUGGUUCGGAAAUCUGGUGACGCCCGAAUUCUGGGACGUCGUCUGGCUGAAGGAGGGUUUCGCUACGUAUUUCCAAUACUUCGGUGUAUCCAUAGUAAAACCGGAUCUGAGAAUGAUGAAUGUGUUCGUAGUAGAUUGUCUUCAACCGACGCUACUCGCAGAUUCCGAUGAUCAUACACGUACACUGAACGGUCAGGAGGUCGGAAAUCGUAGCAGCAUUAUGGCUACUUUGGAUUUCGUUUCUUACGAAAAAGGUGCAUCCAUAAUUCGUAUGAUCAAUUAUAUCAUCGGAAGCACAGCAUUUCAAUUAGGCUUGCAGAGUUAUUUGCGUGAAAUGUCAUAUCAAGCAGCACGUCCAUCCGAUUUAUAUCGAAACUUACAGACUGCAUCAGAUAAAUUAAAGCAACUGCCUAAGCAUUUGCUCGUAAAAGAUAUCAUGGAAUCCUGGGCAAAUCAACCAGGAUAUCCCUUAAUAACCAUUACGCGAAACUACACCGCGAAAACUCUUUACGCUUCGCAAGAACGAUUUUACUUAAAUCGCCAUACAACGCAAACAGACAAAUCUGGUUGGUGGAUACCACUGACUUUCGCAAUUGAAAACUCAAUUACGUUUGAUCGAAUCAAUAUAGCAGCAUGGUUGGAGCCGCAGGUCAAGAGAACAAUAAUUGGUUCUUUCGAGUCAAACUCGUGGGUGAUUUUCAAUGUUCAGCAAGUUGGAUAUUAUAGAGUCAAUUAUGACGAGAAUAACUGGAAGAUGCUUAUCGAUUAUCUGACAUUGAAGAAUUUAAAAAUACACGCGAUAAACAGGGCUGCGCUUCUAGAUGACGCCUUUAAUUUAGCUAGAGCCGGUUAUGUGAAUUAUUCUAUUCCAUUUAAUAUUGCGAUGUAUCUCAUGCAUGAAACCGAGUACGAACCGUGGGUUGCUGCGAUAAAUAACUUUAAUUUCCUCAAUCAUAUUCUCGCUAGCUCACCGCGAGUACAACAACUUUUUCAGACUUACGCAAAUCUUAUACUAAAAUCUAUAUACACUUUACUGAACUUCAUCGAAAACCCAGCAGACAGUUUCACAAUAAAAUUACAUCGCGAAUUAAUCUUAUCGGCUGCGUGCUCAGUCAACAACAUCCACUGUCUAAAAAUAUCAAAAUUUCUAUUUAAUUCAUGGAUUUCUAUGUCGGAGAAAAGAGUAUCAGCAAAUCUUAAGAGUUUUGUGUAUUGUGUGGGCAUUCGUGGAGGUAAUGAUAAUGAUUGGCAUACAGUCUGGAAUCGGUUUCUCCGCUCUGAUUUACAUACAGAACAGGAACUUCUGCUAAAUGCACUUGGAUGUACUAAAAGUGCACAAUUAAUCGAAAAAUAUCUUAAUAUUUCCAUAAAUUAUGAAUUCAACCUCCGCAAGCAAUACAGAAUAAUGAUAAUUAAUGCGAUUUUGAAUGGCAAUCCCGAAAAUGUGAAUUCUGUUAUCGAUUUUAUUCACAAUAAUUUGCAUGCAGUUAUAAAAUUAAGAGGAAUAGAUUUCUUAAAUAAAAUGCUUACUGCUAUAGGAAAUAAAAUUAUAACCGAAGUUCAAUUAAACAAGUUUCGCUUUUUUGUUGACAAGAAUAUCAAAGACCUAGGAUCAGCGUUGAAUUCAGCAAGGAAAGCUAUAACUGUUUCUGCAGCGUCCAUAACAUGGAUUAAUGAAUUUUUGCCUGCAAUCGAGAAAGCAUUAUUGUUAAAUUAAUGAUUUAAAGACAUAUUACGAGAAUAUAUUAUACUAAUAUAGUGAUCACGUUGUAUUUGUAAUUAAAUUUAAAUAAAUAUACAUACAAGCACGUAAAA